UUGGCCCUGCCCGGGACCCGUAGCGGCCUCGCGUCAUCCUCGGUGUCUCGCGCGGCGGAUCCUGUCAGCGGGGCGGGCCGGGCCUGCCGCCAGCGAAAAAUGCUGAGAAGUCUGAAAGGACUUGUCUACCAUCCUCUAAAGUUGGACCAUGGAUAUGCCCUCCACACGGCAGCCAAGUAUUGCUUAAGUUCUGUUGUCAGCCAGGAUGUCCAAACACUGGCAGAAAGAUCAAGAGCACUUUUCUGUACCAGUGAGAAUGACCCGGCCAACCAUACAGAACACCACGAGGGUCGCCAUUACAGCAUUCCACUCGAGGAGGUGAAAGCUGUGUUUCCACAUGGACUGCCCUAUCGGUUCCAGCAGCAGAUUAAGACCUUCAAUGAAGCCUGCCUGAUGGUGAGAAAACCAGCUCUAGAACUUUUCACUUACCUGAAAAGCUCCAAUUUUGCACACCCAGCUGUCAGAUAUGUGAUCUAUGGUGAAAGAGGAACAGGGAAAACUAUGACUCUGUGUCACGUAGUUCACUACUGUGUAAGGCAAGGCUGGCUGGUGCUGCACAUCCCAGACGCUCACCUCUGGGUGAAAAACUGCAGGGAGCUUAUACAGUCUUCCUACAACAAAGAACGGCUUGAUCAGCCUUUGCAAGCAUCAGUCUGGCUUAAGAACUUCAAAGCCUCAAAUGAACGCUUCCUAAAAGAGAUAAAAACACAAAAAAAAUAUGUGUGGGGCAAGCAAGAAAGCACUGAGGAGGGCAGACCGCUGGGUGAAGUGGUGGAGCAGGGUUUAGCUCGCGUGAGAAAUGCCAGCGAUGCUGUAGGGGUUGUGCUGAAAGAGAUAAAGCAGCAAUGUCAUCUGGGCUCAUUCCGACUUCUUGUGGCAGUGGACGGCGUCAAUGCGCUCUGGGGAAGGACUACAUUAAAGAAGGAAGACAAAAGCCCUGUUUCUCCAGAGGAGCUGACACUUGUGUACAAUCUAAGGAAGAUGAUGAUGAAUAAUUGGAGUGGAGGUGCUAUUGUGACAACCCUCAGCCAGACCGGCUCUCUCUUCAAACCCAGUUCUGCCUAUCUGCCCCAGGAGCUGCUGGGCAAGGAGGGCUUCGACGCCCUGGACCCCUUUGUCCCCAUCACGGUCCCCAACUACAACCCGAAGGAGUUCGAGAGCUGCUACCGCUACUACCUGGACCGGCAGUGGCUGCAGCACGAGCAAGCGCGCACCGAGGCCGGCAAGGAGGAGCUGCGGUUCCUGAGCGGCUCCAACCCGCGGCAGCUGGAGCGGCUGGCGGGGCCCCUUUAGCGCAAUAAAUGGCGGGAGCGGCGG